AACAUGUAAUGAAGGUGGAAAUGGAGGUGGUGAUGGAAGCAUUGACGGUUGCGUCAUUGACUGCUCCCUCGGAAAGUAUCUGCCACAUCCAACUGACUGCCGCAAGUUCAUCCAGUGUGCCCCGUAUGGUCCCGAAGAGAUGCCUUGUGCUCCUGGAACGGUCUGGAACCAACAGAAACUCACCUGUGAUCACGAAUGGGCUUCUCCUUGUGUGACAGGCAGCUACUUGACUCCAGAAGGUCUACCAUGUGGAGGAGGUAGUGGCGGAAAUGGAAGUGAAGAUGGAGACAGCGGAAGCGAAGGUGGUGGUGAAGGUGGAAAUGGAGGUGGAGACGACGGAAACGGUGAAAACGGAGGUGGUGAUGGAGGUGAAGAUUGUCCACUGUCGUGUCCAGAAAAAGAAGGUCUUUUCCCUUAUCCCCGGGAUUGUAAGAAAUGGAUUCAUUGUUCCGAAAACAUACCUUUCGUCAAGAAGUGCCCCUCUCAUCUUCAUUUCAAUCCUAAUAACCGAGUAUGUGACUGGCCAUUUAGAGCCCAGUGUAUUGCUGCUCCUGAUGCUGACUGUCAGAUUCCAGAACCUGUGCUUCCCACAGAGCCCCCUAAUGUAAAACCUGACAUUUGUGACUGUGAAUGCUGCCUCAGACCUCAUCCAGAGGAUUGCACAGCCUACUAUUACUGUGAGCCAAAUGCAAGCGCCAAAUUCCACACCUGCUCCGAAGGACUUGUGUUCAACCCAGAGUUCAGUCAAUGUGUUCUUCAGGUAGAUUACCCACAGUGUCAACCUGAGAAACCACCAACAUGUGACCCUACGUGUCAAUGUCUGUACCCUGCUCACAGCUGCUCAGAAUAUUACAAAUGUAAUGGCGAUGGCAUUCCUGUUAAAUAUGAGUGUACAGGAGGGCUUUACUUCAACGACCAGAAACACACGUGUGACCUCCCUGAAAAUGUUUCCUGUGAGGAGCGACGUAAAAGAAGUGAAAUAGACCCUGUAACGGAACAACACUACAUCUUACCGGAGGAGUGUAAGGAUCUGCAAGGAAUGUAUGCCAUUAGAGACAGACCAAGUUCGUAUUACCUUUGCGGUCACGGCGUAGCCUUUGAAAUGCGGUGUCCAGAUGGCGGCGUGUUCUCAAGCAAAGCCCAGACAUGCAUCUUAAGGAAGUAAAUACUUGGACACACUAAAAAGAAACAAAUGUAUAAAGAUACUGAUAGGCUAUAGUUAUUUUCAAAACCUACAUUUAAAAAUGUGAUUUUCUGAUCCUUCCCCCUAUAUCUGCGAGUACUGAUUGCAAAUAAAAUGAAAAUUUAA